UCAGAGCUCACCCUCCCAAGCCCCAAGCAGGAGUUGGGAGACAGAGGUGGCAGCAUCAGCAACAGGAUGUCCACAGAAGAUGAGGACACAGAGAAGAUUCCCUUCAAACCUGUAUUCCUGAGCUUCAAAAGACAUAAAGUGAGGAUUUCACAUGCAAUAGAUAAGCCAUUUCCUUUUCUUGAGGUACUUCGUGACAGCGAUCUCAUCACUGAAAAAAUGUAUGAAGAUUUUAAAGAUUCCUGUACAAACAAGGUUCCUGUACAACAUGUGGUCUACAGAGCCCUAGAAGAACUGGAGAAGAAAUUUAACCUCAAUGUUCUUCUUGUAUUGAUCAGUCUAAGAAAUCUGAGCGUAUACGCUGAUUUGGAACCCAUUUUAGAAGACUUUAAAAAUGUCUUACUACAGAACAAAAUGUGGUCCGAAGAAACUAAUAGAAGGGACCUGAACUCACAACUCCAUCUUGAACAAGGACCUGGUAACAGCUGCUCUCGAGAAAGCCUGACCUCGUCACCCACAGGUCCCUCCUCAUCAAAUGGCUGGAGAAGUAAUGAUGAAGAAAAUACCACCCUCACCCAGGGAAACCAAACUGAGAAUCAUCAAUUCCCCAUCUCCCAGAUUCACAAUGCUGUGGUUUUAUCAGAAGACCUCAAUGAAACAGUAAGGACUAACCACCUGAGAAGAGACACCACUGGCAACGACAUUGAUGAUCUGCAAAGGCCCCAAGCAGCCAUACAGCCAGGCCCAGGUUCUGAGCCGGAGGAGUCCUGUGAACUAGAAGUCCAACUGAGUGACAGAGAUGCAGGCCUGGAGCCUCACAUCCCAUUGCCCUGCAGCAACGAAAGUAACUAUUGUUUCCCUUCCCUGCUUUUUGUUUUUGAGGAAACUCCAUACUGCUUUUUCCUAAUGGCUAUAGGCACAUACACCCCACUCACACAUACAAGGUUCCAUUUCUCCACAACACCAACACUUCCUCUUGUGUUCCUGCUUGUCUUUUUGGUGAUGGCCUUUCUAACUGGUGUGAGAGGGGGCUGUGAGGUCGCCCUCAAUGCUGCUGACCCCAGUUUGAGCUCCAGGGCGCACUUGGUGACAGGAGAGAAGCCACUCCCACAGAUAUUCUCUAACUGCCACCCGCUCUGUGGUUCACAUGUGCUAAGAGCAGAGCUACCCAGCCAUGGAAUCAAAAUUCGCCCUUGUUCUGUGAAUCUGGUAAAUAUAAAGCAAGAAAAUUCUUCAGUUUCCUUGAGCGGUGAACAUCAGAUCCACACAAGGACCGACCACAAUCAGGCCUCUGAGACCUUACCAAAGAUAAUUCUGAUGAUGAAAACAGCUGCUCAGAGGAAUCCACCUCAGCCACCUGCCAGUCAAGUACGUCUCAUACUGACAGCUCGAGCACCAGGAAAAGACAAAGGACAAGUCUCUCAUACCCUUCUCAUACAGGCUGCAGGGUUACCCAACCCCUACCCAUCCUCUCCAUCACAGGCUGGCAGGACUAUCCCUCCCCAGUUACCCUUCAAUUUUGCAAGAUUGAGCCUUCCUACAUACUCAUACAGGCUGCUGUUUGCAUGGAUGAAGGGGUCAUGGGGAGCAGCUGAGGCUUGGCACUUUGAGAGGCCAGGAGAGGUCACUGGUCUGAGAGAUCCCAGACAAAACAAUGUGGAUUUUAGCCGUUCUGAGCUUCCAGUGACCUGUGGUAAUGCUAAGGGGACUCUGUAUGUGGAGAAAUUUGAACGAGGCACCCAUGUGAAGAGUAUACAGAGUGAAACUGGAGAGUGGUUUACUCUCAGGGAGUUUGAAAUCAGAGGAGACCAUGAAAAAUCCAAGAACUGGAAGAAAAGCAUACAAUGCUAUGGAUGGACCCUGGGAAAUUUGAUAGAGGUAUUCUGGGGGCAGAUAGCUUCCAUGUUUCCUGGAUGGCCUUUUCCUGUUCUGUCAUGUAUCUCAGAUGGCCUUUUCCUGUGUCGUUCUCACAAAAAAGCAAAGAACUUUGUUCAUCGUGUAUCAACUAAGCUGCAUCUGAAGCCAUGGAGAAACACCAGAAGGAUGUUGGACACCCAACAGUCACUCCCAUGGGUUCAGGGAAAUAUAUACGCCAACCAGAAGGGAACAAACUCUCCAUUAAAGCAGCCUGCAUUGUGCACAGUGACCCAGCAGCCUGUCAGAUUGGCAGUUGUAGGUGAACCCAGUCCUGGGCAGUGGGGGAGCCUGUUGUGCCUUGGCACCAAUGUUAUUACCAUAUGCAAGAAUAGACAACAAAACCCACUUUAA